AUGGUCAACUCCCCUCUUAAAAGAGCACCCAACCGAGAAGAAAAUGAUUUUGAAGAGGAAGAAACUUCUGUCAAGAAGGUAAAAUUCUCGACAAAUAAUGACGUCAAUACUAGUGGUUUGGAAUCAAGCGUUGUAGAGGACGUGUUGGAAGAUGAAGAACAGCCUCCUAUUAGUCAAAAUACUUCAAACUCCGACGGUAUGAUUCUUGCCUCUGGAGGUGAGGAGGCCACCUCAGUAGAGUCGUCUGUUGAAGCCUUUACCAAUUCAAACUUGAAAGAAGCCAAACGUAGCUUGAAUCAGUUGAACGACAGACUUGAGGCAUUAAUGAACAGGCUAUCAGAGAAGGUGAAUAAGUUGAUUUCAGCAGUGCAGGAAUCCAGUGAGGCUAGAAGAGAUCAGUUGGAGCAGCUCAUGAAAGAAGGUGAAGAUUUGCAUAGGAAAAAUCUUGAAACAAAUGGGCAAUUAGAAAAAGCAAAAGAGCUCGCUCAUCAGUUCUCAUUAGAGUAA